AUAAGAAUGUAAUUCAAUAGUUUUCAUGGAUCGUAUGCAGUAGCUAACUUGUUAGCCUUCAGUGCGGGUGCAUUGAUUCGGGUAGUGAGCAAAAUGAAACUAAACUCUAUGGUCAGUUUUGUAAGUGAAAAUUAAACAAUGUAACUUAGUUGUUAAUCUUUAGUUUAUUCUGCCCUUAUUCUCUGCUAGAAUGAUACAACAAGAUGUCUUUACUCAAAUCACGAGUCCAAGAUAGGCAUAUAAAAGAGUGAUACCAGAUAACGGGUUGAUUAAAACACAAAGGAAAGAAAUUAGUCAGGAACUUUAGUAAUCAGGCAAAACGGCUGUCAUGAAAUAAUAAAUCCCUGUUCAAACACUUGGGGUGAAAUGUUCAAUCUGAUGGCGAACUGCUGCAACUGGUUGAAACGAUGGAGAGAACCUGCAAGGAAAGUGACAUUAGUAAUGGUUGGACUGGACAAUGCUGGAAAAACCGCUACAGUCCGAGGAAUCCAGGGAGAAAGUCCUUUAGAUGUAGCCCCUACAGUGGGCUUCUCAAAGGUGGACCUGAAGCAGGGGAAGUUUGAGGUCACAAUCUUCGACUUGGGUGGCGGUAAACGUAUCCGCGGCAUUUGGAAAAACUACUACUCUGAGUCUUAUGGGGUAGUGUUUGUUGUGGACUCCAGUGAUGUCCAGAGAAUCCAAGAAACCAGAGACACAAUGGCUGAGGUUCUCCGGCACCCUCGUAUUGCAGGCAAACCUGUAUUAGUACUGGCUAAUAAACAGGACCAAGAUGGGGCAUUGGCUGAAGCAGAUAUCAUCGAGACCCUGUCAUUAGAGAAGAUUGUCAAUGAGAAUAAAUGCCUCUGUCAGAUUGAGCCCUGUUCUGCUGUGCUGGGUUAUGGUAAGAAGGUUGACAAAUCCAUCAAGAAUGGCCUUAACUGGCUUCUGAAUAACAUUGCCAAGGACUACGAGGCAAUUUCAGAGCGUGUGCAAAGAGAUACAGCAGAGCAGAAGGCUCAGGAAGAACAAGACAAGAAGGAAAGAGCAGAAAGAGUUAGGCGGAUCAGAGAGGAGAGAGACAGGCAGGAGCGAGAGGAGGCUGAGCGAGAAGGAAGGACACUGAAAGAGGAUGAGCUAGAUGAUGCCAACAUGCCCAACCCAUUCCAGCCAAUAAACAAUGUUGUUACUGAGUUUGAAGACAAAUUAAUUCAAGAGCAAGAGAUGCAAAGACAGAGAGAAGAGGGCCAGCACAACAGUGUGCAAGAACAGACAGCCUUUCAAGAUGAUGAGGAGGAGGACGAGGAGGAGGAUGAAGAGAGCGAGAGACAGACCCCAGAGAGUACAGAAUCAGGAGCAGUGGACCAGACCAAAAAGAAAACUAGGAAAUUGCGAUUGAAACGCAAGCAUAGAGUUGACCCUCUUAGAGUGGAAGAAGCAGCUGCCAAAAGCCCCACCCCUACUCCCCUACCAGUUGGAUGGGCUACUCCCAAAGUUUCUAGGCUCCCCAAACUUGAGCCUCUUGGAGAUACAAGGCAUUCUGCAAGCCUCAGCCACAUCCUUCCUGUACAGUCAUCUGUCAUCAGCCAACAGAAAUACCACAACCAUCCACUUUAAUAUUGUACCUAACAAAUGCUGCUUGUAUAAUCUCCUUAACAACUUGCUUCCUGCACUGUGACUAAUGUAUGCGAUUUAUUUUCCUGAUGCUUGCAGGAAACAUUUUGAAUUCUGAUAAUGUUCUAUGUCCUCUUUUGAGCAGGCAGUGACAUUUUAAUCUAGGAAUUUAAUGAUGUAGUUUGUAGUCAGUUGAAAUUAGUUGAUCCUUGAUUUUACAAAAUGGAGACUGCUGACCUAAUUUUCUUUCUUCCAUGACUCUCUUU